CUUAAAUUGGACACAAUGGCAGAGAGGUACAUUCUCGUCCUGGGUGUUUUGCUGGCGGUCCUGUCCGGGACCACGGGGUGCCCGAAGUACUGCGACUGCCGCUCCGGUGGUCAGCACGAGUACUCUGUCACCUGCCAGGGACCAAACAUCACCGCAGUACCACGGGACGUACCGAAGAACACGACUGUUCUUGUCAUAGGUGAGCACUCAUUUCUAACUCUUCUUCCUUUCAGGUUGUCCACUUUGAAUCUUAACAACAUCACAAGCAUCCGAAGAGCGGGAACCCUAGAUCCGAAAGCACUCUGUGGCUCUGACGCUUUAGACAAAAUCUCCCUGAGCCACAACAACAUUUCAACUCUACCUAUCGACGUUUUUGCCUGUACAUCAACUCUGAGUUUCUUGUACUUAUCCCACAACGAACUAACGGAGGUCCCGCCAGGCCUGUUUACCGGUAUGAAACAGCUGUACAGCCUGGAUCUUUCCUACAACCGUCUGAGCAGACUGCAACCCAAGUCAUUCGACGGGUUUGAAAAAAUGACGUUCCUGGAUAUGGGAGGAAACAACUUCACCAAUGUCGCUCACGUGGUUCCCGCUUUCUCAGGGCCCUCCUCACUUUACUUCCCCGCCUUGUACCAGAACAAUAUCGUAUAUCUGGGACCAGACUCGUUCUCAGGGGUCACGUCCGCCACCUUUCUCAACUUCGCAGGCAACAGAAUACGGAUUAUAGAGGAGGUCGCGUUUUCGCCGUCGUCGUUUUCAAAUCUGACCGAAGUCAUGCUCGACCAGGGAAAUCUGCUCCAUUUCCUCCCUGGUAAAAUAGCAGAGGGACUUCCAAAGUUGCUGAGCCUAGCUAUUGACGGCUGUCCCUUUAAGUGUGACUGUCAGCUGAAAGAUUUAGCCGCAUGGGUUCAGAGUAGGCAACCACAUUCCUAUCCCUACGUGGACGUCGUUUGCGCCAGCCCGCCAAAGUUGAGCGGUAAAUAUCUGUCAGACAUACCGCUGAGCGAGCUGACAUGUGACUGUGAACAUGAGCAGGCUCCGUCCAUAGACACCAGCGGCAGCGAUGACCACAUCCAGGAGGGACAAAGCGCUAUGCUCAACUGUCGCGUGACUGGCUGCCCCCUGGCGGAAAUAUUCUGGACUACACCUGGUGGUGACAUGUUGGCGGUGGGUUGGGGGUUCCCGAGAAUGGAAGUGAUCGACAUAGAGAAUAGCGGCACGCUGUCCAUCCAGCAUGCCACUGUGGGAGACAUCGGGGACUACGUCUGCACGGCGGUCAACUAUCGCGGGAAAACUAGCAAAACCGUUCAUCUGCAGGUGGACAGGAAGCCGUGAGAGAAAGGAAAGGUUUCAUCCCGCCCACCUACACCCAAACCUAAAUCGCACAUAUCGCUAUAGCUAA